CAUGAAAUGCAAGGAAUUUAAUAAUAGAGAGCAGAACAAAGACUUGAGAGCUUCAAUGGAGGUCCAUCACUAGAAAACACUUCCAUUGUUUUGGCGAUAGGAUCAACGAACACCAUGGCAGAGCUCACUCCGAAGAAGGAAAAUCCCAACCUUCUGCUGGGCCGGUUCGAGCUGGGAAAACUCCUGGGGCACGGAACCUUCGCCAAGGUCCACCAUGCCAGGAACAUCAAAACCGGGGAAGGAGUGGCCAUCAAGAUCAUAAACAAGGAAAAGAUCCUCAAGGGCGGUUUGGUGUCCCACAUCAAGCGCGAGAUCUCCAUCCUCCGCCGCGUCCGCCACCCCAACAUCGUCCAACUCUUCGAAGUCAUGGCCACCAAAACCAAGAUCUACUUCGUCAUGGAGUUCGUGCGCGGCGGCGAGCUCUUCAACAAGGUCGCCAAGGGAAGGUUGAAGGAAGAGGUUGCCAGAAAGUACUUCCAGCAGCUGAUUUCCGCGGUGGAGUUUUGUCAUGCGCGCGGCGUGUUCCACAGGGACAUCAAGCCCGAGAAUUUGUUGCUGGAUGAGGAUGGGAACCUUAAAGUCUCUGACUUCGGACUCAGUGCUGUGUCGGAUCAGAUUAGGCAGGACGGGCUAUUCCACACGUUCUGUGGGACACCUGCGUAUGUUGCUCCUGAGGUUUUGGCGCGGAAAGGGUACGAUGGUGCCAAGGUUGAUAUCUGGUCUUGUGGGGUUGUUUUGUUCGUUUUGAUGGCGGGGUAUUUGCCUUUCCAUGACCGUAAUGUUAUGGCCAUGUAUAAGAAGAUUUACAGGGGUGAGUUUCGGUGUCCCAGGUGGUUCUCUCCUGAACUUACUAGACUUCUCUGUGGGCUUCUUGAUACCAACCCUCAGACCAGGAUUUCUAUUCCUGAAAUCAUGGAAAAUCGGUGGUUCAAGAAGGGUUUCAAGCAGAUAAAGUUCUAUGUGGAGGAUGAUAGAGUUUGUAGUUUUGAUGAUAAGUUGCAGUUGCAGCCCCAUGAUGGUGGUGGGGAUGAUGAUUUUGCAACAUCGGAUUCUGAGGUUGAAAUUAGGAGGAAGAAUAGUCAUAAUGCUUCCUUGCCAAGGCCUGCUAGUUUGAAUGCAUUUGACAUCAUAUCGUUUUCUCAGGGAUUUGAUCUCUCUGGAUUGUUUGAGGAAAAGGGGGAUGAGGCCAGGUUUGUUUCUUCUGCUCCAGUGUCUAAGAUUAUAUCCAAAUUGGAGGAGGUUGCUCAGUUGGUUAGCUUCACGGUGAGGAAGAAAGAUUGCAGGGUGAGCUUGGAGGGCUCUAGAGAAGGCGUGAAGGGUCCUUUGACCAUUGCAGCUGAGAUUUUUGAGUUGACACCUUCCUUGGUGGUUGUGGAGGUGAAGAAAAAGGGAGGGGAUAAGGCAGAGUAUGACAGGUUUUGUAACUCUGAAUUGAGACCCGCGUUGGAGAAUUUGGUUAAGGAGGAAUCUGCUUCUUCGUCUUACCAAUCUACACACAUUGAUUCUGAACUUCAUCAACGAACACUCUCUGACUCUGCCCUUAACAUUCAUUCAGAUAGUGAAAGUUUGUAUCGACAAGACUUGCCUGAAGUAGAAAAAACUAGUAUCCGAAAACAUGGUGAAUCAAUAUUUGAAAUCUCAUAAAAAAAGAUACUAACAUUUAGUAUCUGACUGUCUUUGGGAAGAGAUCGUUUUUUAAGAUUGAAACAUGAGAGAAAAAAAAUGCAUGUUUGUAUUAGCUAAGGUAUCUAGAAGAAUGACAGAUGAUAAUAGGAUACUACUUUUUUCUUGUAAUUUUAGAUUGUGUGCAUGUUUUAUUUUUCUUCUUUUGCCACAAGAAUUGUCCAUCUUCUUUUAGGUUUGCUCCUUGACUGGAGUAUGUCCAAAUGUUGUCCAAAUGUUGUAUUGCAAAGCUAAUUUGAUUUACACACAGUGAAUAAAGAAAUGUAUAUGUUCA